UAAAGCUAUGACGGUUAUUGACGAGGGCCAUCAUGGUGCGCGUCAAACCAAAGAAAAUUGUUUUCGUUGCUAGCUCGCAACAAGCGCCUGAAGCCGAGCAACCACCAGACUACUCCGGAACUUUCUCACCUCUCUCUCUCUCCCCACCGUCGACCGCCACUGGCCACCGGUAUGUAAUUUACAUACACAGGCGGUAUAUAGAAAUAUAUGAACAUCUGUUCUAGUGCAAUUACUCUUUCCCACAGAUGGAAAACCCAGUCGUUAUAUGUAGCAGUUGAAACCUCAAUUCCUUUCACUAUACGCUUUGUAUAUACAAAAGUUCUUCCGAAAUUUCUGAUUUUCGCCUUGAUUUUUCAAUUACGAAACUUUUUUUUUAUUUUUAUUUUGUGGUGUUUUUUUCACAAGAAUUAAAUAGACCACAUCUGAAAUUUAAUCUUAUUUUUCUCGAGAUUUGUCAAGAAAAUCGUAUUCCACUCCAUAUUUGUGCUGGUUGAUAGCUUUCUACAAAAUUGUUUGACAGAUGUUCGAUAAAAUGCUUACGCAGAAAACUAGUGAAUCGUUGUGAUGAGCAUUUUGGGCCAGAAAUGUCAAAUGAAGUGCAAUGACUAUCACAUUGGGAUAGACUUCAAACGAUAUUUAUUUCUUUUUCUAAUGUCUUCUUAUUAACUUUUUUUUCUUUUUCUAAUGUCAUUCUUAUCACCAAAGAGUAUUAGCUUUUAGAAAUUAUUCAGUCCUUUUUUUUGUUCUGUUCGUAUUAGUUUUAAUGGCUUAGGAAGAAGAACCAGAGGUAAUAGAAGCAAUUUCUUCAGAGGAAGAGAAUCCACGAUCAAACCAAGAAAGGACAGAAAGUUGGAAAAAUAGAAGGCACAAGCCUAUGUUAAAGGAAGCUGAAAAGUUUGGGGUUUGCUACUUGAGUAGAAUUCCUCCACAUAUGGAUCAUAAGCAAAAGGUCCAACGAGAAUCGGGAGCGACUUCUGAGCUUCUUGAUAACCAGCAAGCACCAAAGUUGAUUUGCCAUUUCCCACAGACAAGGCCGGUUGUGGGCAAUGCUGGAGACAACAAACCUCGUCUCUCUGUGGAUAUCCUUGCUGGAGUGAGUGUCUUUGUUACUUAUGUACUGAACUUUUCAUUUUAUUAUUUUAGAAGAUAUGUUCAUUCAGUCUCUAUGAAAUGCCCUUACAGGUAUUUGGAGGUGUUUCAUGAUAGGAGGUUGGUUCUAGGCAUGUAAAGUUGGUAUGGUACCGAAAUUUUGUUUUUCGGGACCGUAGACAAGCUUUUGAAUUUUUGUCCAAAUUGAUCUGAAUUUUAUUAUUUUAAUAUAUGGUACGGACUAAGGAGUUUUUUCUAUUAAUUUUGAUUUGGUAUAAACCCGUUUAUCCCUUCAAUUAUAUAAUUAUUUG